AUGGCGAUCACACCUAUUAUCACUUUCAAAGCCGGGCAGUGCGAGGUUGAUACCUCCUCUAAGCCUUACAAGGUGAAGCCGCAGCCUGAAUCAGGCUACAUUUCCCUAUAUUCCGAAGAUGAUCUUGUGCACUUCUGCUGGCGCAAGCGAAACCAAUCACUCGAAGAUGCCGAGCUUGACCUGCUCAUGGUUCCCACCGACGGUAGCUUCACGCCUUACGACCCCACGGCGUCUUCUGAGCCCACAUCCAAGACCGACGGCCGCAUUUUCGUCCUGAAGUUCUCUUCGUCAUCGCAGCGAUACCUCUUCUGGCUACAGUCGAAGCCUCAGAACGAAAACGGCGAUCCUGCCUACUACAGUCCCCGCGAUCGCAAGAUUGGCGAUAUAGUUCAUCGCCUGCUGCAGGGCGAGGAGGUCGAGGUGGCUGAUGAGUUAUCUGCUCUCCGUAACAACGACGAUCAACCUGACGAUGAAGACGAGACAAUGGAGGAUGCCGAUGCUCAACGAGGCCCUCGAACCCAACGAGGAAGCGGAGGCGCUGGACCUGACGCUACAGGAGGAGAUGUUCGAGAAGAGGGCUCAGGCUCACGAGAGGGCGGAGCUGAUGGUGCUAGAGCGGCCUCCUCAUCAGCCCCUGAUGCUGAUGCUGCCGCUGCUGUGAGGAACUUUCUGGAUUCCCUCCGAGGCCAGUCAGGACUCCCUGCUGGGCAGCAACAGCAACAGCGACAACAGAGCGCAGACAAGGCGUACCCAUACCUCAAUCACCUUCUCCCGACAUCCAUCACAGUACCCAUGAUCGACUCGGCCCCUGAGGAGUUUGCCGAUACAUUAAUCAGCUUUCUCCCACCUGCCGUUGUUGUCCUUGCCAGUGGCUCAUCAGACGGUGUUGAUGGAAAAUCCGACCCGCCAGCAUCAGCUGUGGAAGCUGCCAAAGCCUCCCUUUCCCUUGAGGACAAGCGAGCUCUGUUGAAGAAGGUUGUCCGAAGUCCUCAAUUCAACCAAGCUCUUGCAAGUCUCACCAUGGCUAUUCGCGACGGAGGGUUGCCUAGCAUUGCAGAUGCCCUAGGAGUCAAGGUCCAGGAUGGUGGUUACCUACGAGGAAGCGGCAUGCCCCUGGGAGGUGGUCAGGCUGUCGAGGCAUUUGUGAAUGGUGUCAAGAAGACAGUCGAAGAGGAGAAGUGA